AUGUCUGCUGAUUUGACCACCAUUCCUCCUCCCCCUCGCCCCGUCCGUGUCGUCCAUCACACGUGUCCCGUUGAAGUGGGUGUCCUACAUCGCCUUGCACCGGGCACCAGCCGCAGGCCCAUCAAGUACAAUAUACCUGUGGUGAUACCUAGCCCUGAAGGAGACGAGCUUGAGGUCUUGACGAUCGAAACACGAAGUUGGCGUACUAGGAGUACACAGCUUCAAGCCACACAAAAUCCGCUUGCCAGUUCCGCCGCAUUCUCUGGGCCUGGCCGGUGA